UUUUAUCAUGGCGGUUGACCAGAAUCAUCCUUCAGGACUUGAACCAUGGGAUGUGGUUGUUUUGGUGCUUUAUAUGGUUGUAGUAAUCACGUUGGGAUUUUAUGCAAUGUUCAAAACUAGUCGUUCCACAGUCGCUGGUUAUUUCUUGGCUGGACGAUACAUGACUUGGAUAACGGUUGGAGCUUCCAUCUUUGCCAGUAAUAUUGGAAGCGAACAUUUCAUUGGCCUGGCUGGUUCUGGGGCUGCUGCWGGUAUCGGUGUUGGAGCUUUUGAACUCAAUGCCAUGAUUAUGAUUCAACUCUUGGGAUGGGUUUUCGCACCAGUCUACAUUGCGUCUGGGGUUUGCACCAUGCCAGAAUACAUCAGUAAAAGGUUUGGAGGUCAAAGACUYCGWAUCUGGCUAUCUGUCCUCGCGCUAAUUCUGUAUGUUUUCACCAAGAUAUCUGUGAACCUUUUCUCCGGUGCACUGUUCAUACGACUUGCGUUAGGGUGGAAUCUAUACCUAGCCAUACUUCUAAUGCUUUUUCUGACGUGUCUGUGCACCAUGACUGGUGGUCUUGCAGCAGUUAUUUACAUGGACACGUUAUCAACGUUUCUUAUGGUGGUCGGUUCUUCUAUACUAAUGGUGUUGGGAUUCAAAGAAUUAGGUGGUGGCUACAGAGAAUUACAGARCAAGUACAUGCAAGCAAUGUCAAAUGACACUCUGUUCUCUAACAGUUCUUGCGGCAGGCCUUCCGCUGAUGCCUUUAUUAUGCUACGAGAUCCUCUCAAGUCUGACAUACCUUGGCCUGGGUUUAUAUUCGGACAGUCUAUCGCUAGCGUUUGGUAUUGGUGCGCUGAUCAGGUAAUAGUACAGCGCGCAUUGGCAGCCAAGAGUUUAUCCCAUGCACAAGGUGGCUGCAUAUUUGCUGGUUAUAUCAAGAUUCUUCCCCUAUUCACCCUAGUCAUGCCGGGAAUGAUCAGCCGAAUAUUAUCGCCUGAUCGUGUGGCCUGUAGCGUACCAGAGAAGUGUAAAGAGAUAUGUGGUAGUGAAGUUGGCUGCACAAAUAUUGCUUUCCCAGAACUGGUCUUAAAACUCAUGCCAACAGGACUUCGAGGUCUGAUGAUGGCAGUCAUGAUGGCUGCACUAAUGAGUGAUUUGACGUCCAUCUUUAACAGCGCCAGCACACUCUUCACUAUUGACGUCUAUGCAACMAUAAGAAAGAGAGCAACAAAUAGAGAGCUYAUGAUUGUUGGAAGACUGAUGAUCGCGGUCAUGACUGGGAUUGGUAUUCUGUGGAUUCCAGUAGUCCAAAACGUCCAAGGAGGUCAGCUUUUUCUAUACAUUCAACAAGUUCAAUUGUACUUCUGUCCACCAAUAGCCAGUGUCUAUCUUCUCGCAAUAUUAUGGAGUAAAGUCACAGAAAAGGGAGUAUUCUGGGGCAUGAUGGUUGGUUUUAUGAUUGGUGCCGUACGCAUGGUGUUGGAUUUUAGUUACCAAUCCCCUCGCUGUGGACAGACAGACCAACSGCCAAGCAUAAUCUCCAAUGUUCAUUACAUGUACUUUGCUAUGAUCUUGUUUUGGCUGACAACCAUAAUAGUUGUUGUCAUAAGUUGCUUCACUGAACCACCACCCAAAGAAAAUAUAUCAAGAUUAACGUGGUGGACAUGUAGAGAUACUUCCGACUCUUCUAGAGAUGAAAUAGAUUUAACAAAAAUUAUAACGGCUAAAACCGACACGGAAUUGAGAAAACAUGAACAAUCACCAGAUGAUGUCACCGAUGUAGGGCGUUCACCAUCUCGUGUGAAGAGAGUUUUCAGCUGGUUUUGUGGCUACGAGAUAAACCAAGAAGAACCGAUGAAAGCCGAAAUGGAGUUUCAGAGAAGAAUGGCUAUCAUCACUUCAUUGAAACAAGAUCCAAAAGCAAAAAUCUUCCUCAAUUUCAACCUUGUUUUUAUAUCUUGUGUUUGCGUUGCUAUGUUUGCGUACUUUUCCAGCUGAAGAUAGGACUUUUAUCAAACCAACAGUUGGUUUUUAACACGAAGAUUGCGAAGCAAUCGAAGAGUUAUUGGAGGGGGACGAAUCUGUCACUCACUAAGUCAGC